CAACCUUAUCCUGGCUUUAAUGUGGACCAUGCAUAGCCAGCCUAUAAAUAAUACCCACCAUUUUACUGGAAAAGGACAGGCUGAACCUGGAAAUGGGGGAAAACAAAACAGGUGGACGUGUGAAAUGAAGACCACCACAGCAGAUUGCCCUUCAUAACAGCCAUGUCACUGCUGCUUCUGCUGGCACUGCUGUGCCCAGUGACGGCCUCGCCUCUGCAGUCAUUCUCGCUGUUCUUCUGUGAGCCGGAGCUUGCGGGGCUCAGGCGAAGUAUUCAGGACCUGGAGAAACAGCUGUUGAUUGGGGCCUGGCAGAUCGACUAUAUAAGGACACAUAAACACUUUGGACCCUUUGGACUCCCUUCCUCCGAUCCUGACCCACGUUUAAAGCCAGACAACAGCAGUAUAGGAGACUUCAGCCCAGGACUGGCGAGACCACUUCCACCGGCAGGCAUUGUAUUGGUCCAGGACAAAGACUGUUCUGAGCUGUAUGACAGACUGAGACCUCCGAGCGGUUUCUAUCGAAUCAGACCCAAACUGGACCAGGAGCCAUUUUUGGUCUACUGCGACAUGGAGGAUGGGGGAGGUUGGACUGUGUUUCAGAGACGGCGGCAUGGGAGGGUGGACUUCAACAGAGACUGGGUGGAUUACAAAGAUGGCUUUGGUGAUUUCAAGCUGUGGAAUGAUGAGUUCUGGCUCGGAAACGAGCACAUUCAUACUCUACUCUCAGAAGGUAAGAACCUGGUGAAGAUCGAGCUAAUGGACUGGAAGGGAGAGAGGAGCCAUGCCUUCUAUGAGAAUUUUAGGAUCUCCGAUGAGGAGGAUGGGUACCGACUCCAGUACGAGCUGUACAGCGGGCGGGCCGGCGACGCUCUGACCGGAGGAAGGGGAAUGACGCAUCAGUGGUCUGCCUGCCUCAAUGGCAUGCAGUUCAGCACCAAGGACCAGGACAAUGACCGCUUCCUUCAAGGCAGCUGUGCCCAGGAGAACAAGGCGGGCUGGUGGUUUAACAGAUGUCACGCGGCCAAUCUUAACGGGAAGUUCUACCGUGGCGGCGAGUACAUUGGGACGCAUGACAACGGCGUGGUGUGGGGGACGUGGAAGGGCCUCUGGUAUUCCCUCAGACACAGCACCAUGAAGGUGCGCCCCCUUGUUUUCCUGGACAGCGUGGGCAGUGGAGCCGGGGAAAAUGAAUAACACCGCUGGGCUGCAGACGUACUGGACUUCACAAAUGAAGAAAAACAUGGGGGAAAAGUAAUGCAUGCGCCAUAUUUUUAAUUAUUUUUCCUUUAAAAUGUCCCUUGUUUGUUUGAUUAACAUAGAACUUAAUCAUUGGAAAGUGAUGAUUCACUGCCUUAUAUUUCAUUGCAACCAUAUGCUAUUAACACAGUUAUUAGAAUGUGCAAUGUAUCGGCAUUAACAAUAAAACAAUCAGCAUAUCAACAGUGUUGCUUCCCUGAUGUUCAUAUUUGAGUGCCCUCAAAUAUCACAACAACACUGUCACAUCAACCCACUUUGUACAGUGAUCCAGACAACACAGCUGUCCCUGCACAACAAGCAGUGGCCCGGUGGAAACAGCAGCACCAGGCGGUCCUGUGGAAACCACACGGUCAUUAGUGUGGGACAGUCAGUGAGAUGAACAGUAUUUCAUACCUUUUCUGAGCUAACCCAACCAGACCAGGCCA